ACAAGUAAAUCCGUGAAGGAGUGAAUGGGCUUGUCAUAGUCCCGUGUUAUUAUUUUAUACAAAAAAACAUCGAAUUAAAAUUUUAUAUUCGCGUUAUUAUCAAAAAAACUUAUCACCUAAAUCAACAAUUUGAAAUAUUCAUCAACUCGGAGUUAAUCAAAGUAGAUAUUGAAAUAAUCCCAAAGAUGCGACGACAAGGACAGGAUGUCAUGCAGGUGAAUCUGGCGGGAAUCAGACGUGAUAUACUGAAUCUUGCUCACAAUUAUAGCAAUGCUCAGAAAUUAGUCCGAAAAGCGACGAGCAACGACCCAUGGGGCCCUAGCAGUACCAUAAUGGCAGAAAUAGCUGAUCUAACGUAUAACGUAGUGGCCUUUACCGAAAUAAUGCAAAUGCUGUGGAAACGUCUGAAUGAUCAUGGAAAAAAUUGGCGACACGUCUACAAAGCUCUGGUUUUACUCGAUUAUUUAAUAAAAACAGGAUCUGAAAAAGUAGCGCAGCAGUGUAAAGAGAACAUUUUUGCUAUUCAAACGCUGAAGGAUUUUCAGCACAUGGAGGGGCCCAAAGAUCAGGGAAUCAAUGUGCGGGAGAAAGCUAAACAAUUAGUGGCCUUAUUGAAAGAUGAUGAGAGACUACGGAAUGAACGUGCUAAAGCCCUCAAAGCUAAAGAGAGAUUUGCACAAUCUGUCAGUGGUUUUGGAAGUGAUGGAAUGGACACUAUGACAUCCUUGGGUGAUAUGUGUUCACCAGAUUGGGAGCCUUACCGAGGAAAUUCUGACCCCAAACCCGAACUAGAAAAAGCUCGGCCGCUGACUGUUGGUGAGGAGGAGUUGCAGUUACAAUUGGCAUUGGCAAUGUCAAGGGAAGAGGCUGAACAAGAGGAGCAGAGGAGACGCAGUGACGACGUUAGAUUACAGCUUGCAUUGAGCCAGAGUCAACAAGACUUCAAAGCGCCGCCGUCCGAAAAAGCAAGCCACAUGCUUGAUCUUCUUGAUGUCAAUCUAGGUGAAGCUAGUGGAGGAGCCCCGCAGCUAACACUUGACCCAUGGGGUGUGCCGAUAGCUCCACCACCUCCUCGACCUCAGUCUCUGGAUCUAUCUCGCUAUUACGACUGCGAGACUAAUUCUGAUCCUUGGAGUGCUCCCACGACGAGUUCCACGGUCCAACCAGCGGAUCCCUGGGCUCCAGUACCUCCUCAACGUCCAAAUGUUAAUUUUGCAGCUGCAGCAGUGGAUCCUUGGCGAGCUCCAGCUCCAUCCCCUGCAACCGUAACUUCACCUCCUCACACGGUGGAUCCGUGGGCCCUUCCUUCAGCUACAACCCUGUCAUCACCAAGUACCUCCGGAUUUACUGGAAACAUGAACGGGUCUAGUUUUAACACUUUCAAUACACAGGGUAGCAGUAAUGUGAGUCCCUCCGGUGAUCUCGAUGACUUCGACAUCAUCAGCAAUCGGAAUAAGCUUGGGGCUAGCCCUCAACCAAUGAACAAUGGAGGAACUCUCUCACCGGAUCCAUUUGAUCUUGGUGGACUAAGUGACAACUUGCCAGCGAGCACUGGUGCUGUCAAAAAGACACCCCAGUCAUUCUUGGGAGAGAAUUCAGCUCUCGUUAAUCUGGACAACCUCGUGAGCACUUCUCUCAUGAAACCAGCAGCUCCUGCACCAGCUGCUGCUGUACCAUUUUCAGCGAAUCCAUUUGCAACGGUAACACCUCCUCCUCGCCCAUCCAUCAAUCAGAUUCGACAGGAUCCGUGGACAGGCAAUGGAGCAGCUCCACCAGCUGCCAAUCCAUUUCUCUCGUAGCCUGCCAAUUCAAUCGUCAACGGAAACAGAGGUGAAAUAUUUCAGGAAAAUUCAAAACGAUUAAACAUUAUCACAGUUAACUCGAGAAAAGCGUUGGAUUCUAAAUAAAUCAACUAAAAUGAAAAAAAAAAAAAGAAAAUCAUGGAAAAAGAUAAAAAUAAUAAGCGUAUCAAAGGUUUUACAAAUAACCCUGUACGAUAAGUUUUUAUUCUUAGGGUAAACACUAAUUCAAUUGGAUUAAAGUAACAGAGAAGUCAAGUAGAAGAUGAUAAUGAUGAACCUAAAAUUAUACAGCAACCGAAAGUUCUGCGAUGGAGUGACAAAACGUGACAAUUCAAUUUUUCAGUUUUUCUUGUUUAUAAAAAUUUCCAUUUUGUUUACAACAAAUGUAUUAUUGUUUCUACAUAUUCCUGUUUCGAUACCAUUAAAUUCAGGGAAAAUGUUGGGAUUUUCUACAAGCCAGAGGAUGUAAUGAAAUUUUUAAAAAUAUUUUUUAUCUUUAAUUUUAUUGGGAAACUGUUCGGUUCUCACGCGUUUUGUCACUUCUUUGCUUAAUUGUUAAAUUGGAGAAUCGAAGACUUUUUCUUGGGUCGACGAAUGUCACGUUUGUUUACGUUGAAUACAGGGAAGGAUGGGGCAAAGUGGAAUUGCUGAGGAAAAUGGAACACUAGAUUAUUCGGUUUUUUAGAGAUCACAGGAACAGGUGUUUCGUUUUAUCCCGCAGUUUCAUUAUUUCUCAUUCUUCUUUAGAUAUGAUGCUAUUCCUGUAACGGCUUGGUGAUUCGGUUGAGCUCCUCGUUGAUACAUGUUUUUUACAAUCUUUAUUCGAGGAAAAUAGUAUAUUUUUUAAGUAAAUAUGAGGAAAACGAGAAAAACAAAAUUACCAGUAUUUUCCUUUGCUUAGAUUAAUUAAAGGAACACAUUAGUGAAUUCAAAAUUCAAUUGUCACAUAAUAAUUUACACAAUUAAGUGAAUGAAAAUAUUUUUUUUUCGAAUAAGAUUACAUUCCAAGACUGUGAAAUAUCGGAUUUUUCAAUUGACAUUUGCAAAGUGAAAUACAAGAGAUGCAAUUGAUGGAGAUCAAAAUUAAGCGACGAUUUUUAUUAUUUAUUGGAUAUUAAUCUACUGCAAUUGUAAUUAGAUUUUUUUGGACUUGAUCGAGCGUUUAGACUGAAAAAUAUAAUUCUGGGAAUAAAUUCAGUGAACGACUCCCUCAAAAGAAUUGCAGAACGACCGAAUUUAUAAUAAAUUACAAAUAAUUUAAAAAAUUAUGUGAGAGUACAGUCGAACAAAGUUUAAUUGAAGUUUAGAAUACCUUUCACCGGUUCAGUGUUGCAACAAUCGAAUCAACGACGUGACGUUUUAAUUAAACUGAAAACGAAAGUUUUUUUUUUUGAACAAAAAAUAAAGGUCCUUUGGUGUCAUGUGGGGCGCUUUUAUUUACUAUUUAUUUAAUCCCGCAAUGAAUAAUUGAAAACAGAUGUUGGAAUGUGGUAUUAGAGAGAUGAAUAAAUUGUAUACAAUUUUAAUGAUAGAUGCAUUAAUCAUGGAUUAGAGGAACCGAGUCGAUGGAGAAAUUUAUUGCAGUUUGUAAAUGAUAAUGUGAGCUACAAUCAAUUUCCCUGACUAACAACAGUUUAUUAAUAUUAAUUAAAGAGAAAUUAAAAUGGUAUUAUUGAAAAUUGUACAUUCUAUAUCGCAUACGAAAUAUUACUUACGGAAUUAUUCGUUAUUUUUCAUUGUUUUCUUGGAAAUUCGUGAGACAAAAUUGUCAAUUAUCCUUUUAUCAUUUUCGAGGCAGUUGUAAUUUUUCAAUCAAUUUUUUUUUUACCAUCUUUGUGGAAAAAGUGCUCAAGAAAUGGAAUUAUCAACGCAAUUGGUACUGUACGCAUUCCGUAGAUGCAACGCUAUCUCCUUUUGCUCUGGAAUAAUAAUUAUAUAUUUACGUUCCACAAUUUCAUCAUUGAGAUAAAAAAAAACAGACUAUUCUUCCGCAAUUUCUCCGUAAUUUUAUUUUGAAUUCUACACGAGCGUGAAAUAUUAAUCAUAUUCUAUGAUUUUCAUUGUCCAGGAAAUUCUAAAAUCGACGCCUGGAAUUUGUUAUGACUUUAAGUAACGAAUGAAUUUAUCAUUAUAUAUUUUAGCAGAUCAUAUUAUAUACUUUAUUAAUGAUAAUAAUUAUGCAAAUAAAUGUACAAAUUUUUGAGUUCCCAUAUA